AUGUUAUUAAGAAAAUCAAUAAAUUACUUUUCUAUUUUCACAAACAAAUUACCUAAGACAUAUUAUGAGGUCUUAGAAGUUACUCCUAAGGCAACAACUAAGGAAAUCAAAUUGCAAUAUAUUAAAUUGGUGAAGUAGUACCAUCCUGAUAAUGGUGAAUCUGGAUCAGAAGAGAAAUUCAAAGAAAUCUCUAAAGCCUAUCAAGCACUUAAGGAUCCAAUUAAAAGAUAACUCUAUGAUUCUGAUGCAUUAAAUUUUGAAUAAUCUGGAGAAGCACAUUCAGCAAAUGAUAUGAAUCCUGAUUCCUAUUUUUAUAGCACAAAUAAAAGGGAGUACUAUUAAAAUAAAUGGUACAAUUUUAGAAAGCCAUCUUAUGAAACACUACAUUAAGAAUAAACAUACUAAUUUGUUGAUGAACUCACAUCUAAAGCGAUUAUUGGCAGAGUACUUAUAGUUUUAGGUGUCUAUGCCAUUUGGGAUUUAUAUAGAUUAUAUUCUAGAAGAUAACAUAAGAAGUUUUUAGAAACUCAAAAAGAAAUACUUGAUUCAAGUUUCAUUCAGGCACCGUUGGAAUAAUAUAUUGAUACUAGAUAAACCGAGAUGUAAUUAGACUUAGAUUGA